GGCGACCGUGGCGGGGGUUGGGGAGUGAGGUAGUCUAGGCGUCGCGGAGGAGGAAGGUGAGAGGGUCCAAAUAAAACUAAAUCUGCAGUCUGGCCUACUGGUUCGGGGGCCGCGGAGCCCCCACCCGGGGAGAUGGACCUCAACCGGAUCAUCCAGGCGCUGAAGGGCACCAUCGACCCGAAGCUUCGGAUUGCAGCAGAGAACGAGCUCAACCAGUCUUACAAGAUUAUCAAUUUUGCCCCCAGUUUACUUCGGAUUAUAGUCUCUGACCAUGUGGAAUUUCCAGUACGCCAGGCAGCUGCCAUCUACCUAAAGAACAUGGUGACCCAGUAUUGGCCAGAUCGAGAACCUCCACCAGGAGAAGCAAUAUUUCCCUUCAAUAUUCAUGAAAAUGACCGCCAACAAAUACGUGAUAACAUUGUGGAAGGGAUAAUUCGAUCACCAGAUUUAGUGAGAAUUCAGUUAACAAUGUGUCUCCGUGUCAUCAUUAAGCAUGAUUUUCCUGGUCACUGGCCAGCAGUAGUAGACAAGAUAAACUUUUACUUACAAUCGCAGAACAGUGGAAGCUGGCUUGGCAGUUUGUUAUGUCUUUACCAACUGGUGAAGACUUAUGAAUAUAAGAAAGCAGAAGAAAGAGAACCUCUUAUAGCAGCAAUGCAGAUAUUUCUGCCACGUAUUCAGCAGCAAAUCAUGCAGCUCCUUCCUGAUUCCUCCCAUUAUUCUGUAUUACUACAGAAACAGAUUCUCAAAAUCUUUUAUGCUCUUGUUCAGUAUGCAUUGCCUCUUCAGUUGGUGAAUAACCAAACCAUGACAACAUGGAUGGAGAUCUUCCGAACUAUUAUUGACAGGACAGUCCCUCCUGAGACUCUGCAAAUUGAUGAAGAUGAUAGACCAGAACUAGUAUGGUGGAAGUGUAAAAAGUGGGCUCUGCAUAUUGUAGCUCGUCUCUUUGAACGGUAUGGAAGCCCAGGAAAUGUCACAAAAGAAUAUUUUGAAUUUUCUGAAUUCUUCUUGAAAACCUAUGCAGUGGGAAUUCAGCAGGUACUACUAAAAAUUUUAGAUCAAUAUAGACAGAAAGAGUAUGUAGCCCCUCGUAUUCUUCAGCAAGCAUUCAACUAUCUCAACCAAGGGGUUGUUCAUUCUGUAACCUGGAAGCAGAUGAAGCCGCACAUACAGAAUAUCUCUGAAGAUGUGAUUUUUUCUGUGAUGUGCUAUAAAGAUGAGGAUGAAGAGCUGUGGCAAGAAGAUCCAUAUGAGUAUAUAAGGAUGAAAUUUGAUAUUUUUGAAGAUUAUGCUUCUCCUACCACAGCAGCCCAGACUCUCUUAUAUACUGCUGCAAAGAAAAGGAAAGAGGUGUUGCCAAAAAUGAUGGCAUUCUGUUAUCAAAUCCUAACAGACCCGAACUUUGACCCUAGGAAGAAAGAUGGAGCCCUGCAUGUGAUUGGUUCCCUAGCUGAGAUUUUAUUGAAGAAGAGUUUAUUCAAGGACCAAAUCGAGCUAUUCCUACAGAAUCAUGUAUUUCCUUUAUUGUUGUCUAACCUGGGAUAUCUUCGAGCUAGAUCAUGUUGGGUGCUUCAUGCAUUUAGUUCUUUGAAGUUUCACAAUGAACUCAACCUCAGAAAUGCAGUUGAAUUAGCAAAGAAGAGCCUGAUUGAAGAUAAGGAGAUGCCUGUCAAAGUUGAAGCUGCCCUUGCUCUUCAGUCAUUAAUUUCUAAUCAGAUACAAGCUAAGGAAUAUAUGAAGCCACAUGUGAGGCCUAUUAUGCAGGAGCUGUUGCACAUUGUUAGAGAGACAGAAAAUGAUGAUGUUACUAAUGUAAUCCAGAAGAUGAUAUGUGAAUACAGUCAAGAGGUAGCCUCAAUUGCUAUUGAUAUGACCCAACACUUGGCUGAGAUAUUUGGCAAAGUUCUUCAAAGUGAUGAAUAUGAAGAAGUUGAAGACAAAACAGUAAUGGCUAUGGGAAUUUUACAUACUAUUGACACUAUCUUAACAGUUGUAGAAGAUCAUAAAGAGAUCACACAGCAAUUAGAGAAUAUCUGUCUGCGGAUCAUUGACCUUGUUUUACAGAAGCAUGUAAUUGAAUUCUAUGAAGAAAUUCUUUCACUGGCAUAUAGUUUAACCUGUCACACAAUUUCCCCUCAAAUGUGGCAACUUCUAGGUAUUUUAUAUGAAGUUUUCCAGCAGGAUUGCUUUGAAUACUUUACAGACAUGAUGCCUCUCCUGCAUAAUUAUGUGACAAUAGAUACAAAUACUUUACUAUCAAAUCCAAAGCAUUUAGAAGUACUUUUUACAAUGUGUAGAAAGGUACUAUGUGGAGAUGCAGGAGAAGAUGCAGAAUGUCAUGCAGCCAAACUUCUUGAAGUCAUUAUUCUUCAGUGCAAAGGAAGGGGAAUUGAUCAGUGCAUUCCUCUCUUUGUUCAACUUGUUUUGGAGAGAUUAACUAGAGGGGUCAAAACUAGUGAACUCCGUACGAUGUGUCUUCAGGUUGCAAUUGCUGCCUUGUACUAUAACCCUGAUUUGCUGCUACAUACUUUAGAGCGAAUUCAGUUGCCUCACAACCCUGGACCUAUCACUGUACAGUUUAUAAACCAGUGGAUGAACGAUACAGAUUAUUUUCUUGGGCAUCAUGAUCGGAAGAUGUGUAUAAUAGGACUGAGUAUCCUUUUUGAAUUGCAAAAUCGACCUCCUGCAGUAGAUGCUGUGGUGGGACAGAUUGUCCCUUCAAUACUUUUCCUUUUCCUUGGCCUAAAGCAGGUCUGUGCCACUAGGCAACUGGUAAACCGGGAAGAUCGCUCAAAAGCAGAGAAAGUUGACAUAGAAGAAAAUGAGGAGAUUUCCAGUGAUGAGGAGGAUACAAACGUUGCUGCUCAAGCCAUGCAGGCAAAUAACGGGAGAGGUGGAGACCAGGAGGAAGAGGAGGAUGACUGGGAUGAAGAAGUGCUGGAAGAAACUGCCCUUGAGGGGUUCAGCACUCCACUUGACCUUGACAAUAGUGUGGAUGAAUAUCAGUUCUUUACACAAGCUCUGUUAACUGUGCAGAAUCGGGAUGCUGCCUGGUACCAGUUGCUGUUAGCCCCUCUCAGUGAGGACCAGAAGAGAACACUGCAGGAGGUGUACACAUUGGCAGAGCACCGAAGGACGGUGGCAGAGGCAAAGAAGAAGAUUGAACAACAAGGAGGCUUCACGUUUGAAAAUAAAGGAGUUCUCUCUGCCUUUAACUUUGGGACUGUGCCGGGCAACAACUGAAGGAAGGACAUCAACUGACCAGAUGUCUUUGCUGUGUUUUAUCUCACAAUUUCACAAAGGGAGUGUGAGAGUCAAGGGGAGAAAUUAGGGGGCUGCUUUUCAGGGCCCUCCUGCUGUACCAGUUAUCAUCUGGCAUUAGGCAGUACUUUUAUCCACUCUCCCUUUCCCCUUUGACCUUUCUCACCCUGAAAUAUAUAUUUUCAACAGCUACUGUAAUGUAUGAAAUUAAAAAAAAAAAACAGAAUCAUUGCAUUGAAAAGGACAAACCUAACGCUCCAAAGGCUGACAGCCUACGGUGAUUUUUAGAGGAUUGGAUUGACUUGCAGGUCUCAGGUUUUUGCCAUGCAGAAUCCAUGGAUUUAUGCGGAUAAUAGUGCCUUCUGUUGUACAUGAAUUAUCAGAAAAAUUUUUUUGGAGUGCAUUGCAAUUUUUUUAAAGCAUAAAACAUAUUUCUAGAUAUAAUGUAAACCUUGGUUAUAUGUCGACUUAUUCUGCAUUUUACUCUGUGAAUUUACUGUUAGGCAGUUAGCUGCAAGUCACUCUGGUUUCAAAAACAUCACUGCUCCCUUUGCCCACCCUGCUACGGGGGCUUUCUUCAGGGGUUGUAAAAUAUGCACUGGCUCUGGUUUUUCAUAAAUUGUUUUGUGGCUUUCCUAAGAAGUGUCUUAAUCCCUCUUCCAUCAUAUUUUUCUGCCUUGAAAGGGGUGGGAUUUCUUUCAGGAUCAACAAAUAUGCAUAUCGAUUUUAUUCAGAACCUGAUACGUUCAGGACUCAGCAGCUUCUUGGAAGCAAGUGGCAGAGGCUCAUUAGUCACUGGAGUUAACAGCAAGUCUAAAGAUAUUCUGAAUCACGUACUUAAUUAUGCAGUGAAGUAAUGAUUUUACCUAAAGCACAUUGAACUUUUAGGAGAAAGAUGCUGCGUAGCACAGUGUCUUUCUGGAUGGGGGCUUGUAUCUUCAGUAACUCAUCAUUCCAGCUGUGUUGGACCAGGGUCUGAACCAUUUUAUAAUGAAAUUGUUUAUUUAGUCACACGACAUAAACAAGUCUAACUUGCUUUCCCACACUUCUGAUUUUUCUCCUACAUAUCUUGUUUUCGUUUUUAUUAUAGCUCAGUUUGUAAGGGUUGGGUAUAUUGGUCAGUUGUAUUUUUAGAUGGGUAAUGAUCUAGGAUGGCUUUUAGUAAAUAUUGCAGAUGGAGGAUUUUUCUGAACUGCUCAAGACCUGAACAUGGAUCAUAGUGUGUUCAUUCAGUAAAAUGAAAAUGUAUCUUGAGAAUUUACGUAUUACUGGAUGUGAUACAGAUUUUCCAUUUUUGUGAAAUGUCUGCAGUUUAAAUUUCCCAUCAGUGACUGGUGGAAUUUUUUUCCCAGGUGCUUCCUAUAUUACUAUCCCUUAUUCAUAUUAACUCUUUACAAUUUUAGAUUAUUUAAAUAAUUUUCACAGAAGUAGCCUGAAAAGCCAUGAGUUUCAGAAUUAAAUAAUCCUCUGCUUUCCUAUCCCUCACUUCCCAAGGCAUUGAAGCUGAAUCUUAUCCUUGUCAGUUAAGAGAAAGAUGGCAUUUUUGGAAAUGUUAGGGAACUUUGGAACUCUUACUCUGCCCAUGUUCCACAUGGCUUAAUUUUAACAUAAAAUGCCUUCACACUGGAUUGUAAAAGGCAUGUGAUUUUUGUGUGUGUGAUGUAUUAUCUUCUGCAGUAUUAAAGGGAAAGAAGUAUUAAUGUGCAUUGCCCUAUCUUGUUUUUGAAGCCAGGGAAGUUGUAUGGUUUUGUUACCAGCAGUGCUAACCUGAAUGUGAUCUGGUUAUCUUGGAAAUGCAGGAACUUACACGAAUGUACUGUAAAAUAAAAUGCGGACUGAUUCCCAGAAUUCUGAA